AUGGCCUUCACGAAACUUGUUGCGUUUUCAGCAUUAUUGUACAUCGUUAGCAGCGCAAACCCAGACAAGGGUUAUCUGUGGAUAAACGGAUCUAUGACAACUAAAGGUUGCUACGAUUUACCGAGCAACACACAAUGUCCAUCCAAUCUGGUCAACUAUAAAGUGUUUGGGUUUGGUUAUGAAGACACCUUUGCGAACGCCAGCCUGAAAUCAGUCGAUCUUAUGAUGACGUCUCUCAAGUUCUUUAAAAAAGUAACGCAGACGUGUAAAGAUGCCGUUCGUGAGUAUGCAUGUUCAAAUACGUUUGCGCAGUGCGUAAAGGAUGACAACCAACCAUUUGGUGUGGCCAUGACAUUCAACGUCACACGUACGAGACAGGCAUGCGCUAGAGUGAUGAAAUCAUGUCCUCUCUCCGUUCAAACGGCGAUCGUUAAUAACUGCACCACAAUCAUGAGCAAUUUCAUGGAUUUGACAUACUGUGUGGAUAUUCCAAAUAUCCCUGGUGACGUGUGCCUUAAGUCAAACUAUAAG